AUGGAGCCCCAACCGAACGGCCGAACCAAAGGGGAUGAACAGAAAAUAUUCGAUACGUUGUUCACACCGCUGACAAUGGUCAACUGGACCAGCAAUGCGCCAUCCACAAGGCAAUCCCUCAAGGAUCUGGCAAUAGGGCAGCUGCAGGCUGGCGCCAGCAUGACCCAGUAUAGCGAGCGCAUUGUGGAGGACAUACUGGCCGAGAUCUUUGCGGAGCGUCGUGGCCAUUUUCCCGAAACAUCCUCGUCCUGUGACCCAAGCAAAGUGGACCUGUCCAGGCCAGCCGCUGAGCCGCAUGUGGACAAGCGGCUGAAGUACUGGCGCGAUAUGUUACAGACCCGUCGUCAAAUGCAGAAACGUGUCGAGCUACAGACCGGCAAGAGCCCGGAGCAGGUGCUCUUCAAUCGCCGCUCAACGCUCAACCAUCGCAACAAGGAGACGGUGCGGCGGCUCAUGGACUUCGCAGAGCGCCUGGAACCGAUUAAACUGAUGACCAAGCCAAUAAGUGCACUCAAAGAACGGAAGGAUCCCUGCACGUGCAAGCUCAUCAAACCCAUUGAUGAGACCUGGCCGCAAGCGGAGCGACAAGGUGCCACGGAUGUGGAAAUCAUUGGACUGCCCGCGGUGACACAGCAGGAGCUGCUCGGCGUGGACAAUCGGGAGCUGCAGCACAGCUGGAUGAAGUCAGGUGUGCUGGAUACGCGCAUCGAUGAGCAGUUCCGUCAUAUAUGCAAAGUGCUCGAGUUUUUCCCCGACCUGGAACAGCUGCAGGUGAAGGGCACAAACAUAGCCAAGCUGAAGCCCAAGGCAAGAACUAUGCUGCUUGACGAGGAGCAAAUCGUCAGGAUAACGACCAGCUCGGAAAAUAUGGGCUCAGAAGAGCAGCUAAACGAAUCGUGGACGGGGGCACUUCUGGAGAUGGAGCCCGAACCGGAGCCUGAGCCGCCAGAGAUUGGACUCAUGAUCAAUAACAAGGAGUAUGUUGUGUGUGACAAGCCCUUUACCGAAUGCUUCGAAUUGCUCACCAAAUUCAAUUGCGAUCCGUACCAGAGACGCAUCAAGCAUGUGCUUAAGCUGAAGAACAUUGGCAAGCAGGCCCUGUCCUUCAAAUGGUCACAGGGUGUCUACUACUACAAUCGCGGCUCACUGCUGCUCGCCCAGGACAAUGAGUUCCUCUUCGACACGGACAACUUUCGGCUCACCUACGGCGAAAGCCACGACCUGAUUGUCAUGUAUCAGCCACGCAAGGUUAGCAUGGCCGUCGAGCUGUGGCGCCUGCAGGUGGAGCCGCGCAUCUUUUGCGGCAGCCAGGAGUCGAUGCUGCUGCGUUUCCAUGGACGAUGCAGGCCACCCAGAGAGUACAUGGCCAGGCUGAAGCAAUUACACUGCACCACCAUGGGCCAGGCGAAAGAACUGAUGAUGAAACAGCUGACGGGCCACCUGGCGGAGCUGGUGCCGCUGAUUGAGCCACCGCCCGCCUGUUGUCCCUAUGAGCGCACUCUGGAUGAGCGUGAACUGUUCAACACCCUAAAUCCUGGCUACAAUUGCAUGCGCUUCGAUGAUCUGGAGGUGCUCAAGGGCAUGCACAAGCAACUGAAGAAACCACGCGAGCCACACUGGGACCUACGCCUGGACACCAUCAAGAUGCUCAUUAUGCGCAUCGAGAGCUUGCCGGAACGUGAGGAAAUGUUUGGCAACCUGGUGGUCAUAAUGGAAACGCUGCAAGGGACUUCCCUUAGCCUGGAGUGCGAAGAUCGCUUGAAUGAGCAGAAGCAACGCACCAGAUUUAUUUAUGUACGUGGCGCCAUUUGCAAUGGCAUCGAGGAAUGGGAGGAUUUGGUCUCCAUUAUCGAGGAAUCCUACUACAAGCCCGAGCUGCGCCGCUACUAUAUCCACCUAAUGGAAGAGGCCGCAGAGGAGGGCGAGCAUCUCGAUUUGGGGCCAGUGAAAAUCGAUUUUGCCAAUCUCGACAUCGAUCAGAUUGAAAAGUAUUUGGAUAGCAAGGCCACCGCCGCCGUCAUGAGGAAGUUGCAUCGCUCCAAAUACUUUCGCGAUGCCCUCUACAUUCAAACCUACUCGCAUCUGUGCAACAUGGCUGAGAAUAUUGUUUCGAUCAUUGAGAGCACCGAUGUGGUGCCCUCUUGAGGUUCUGGGCAAACGCAAUUCUCAAGCCUAUUUGAAAUUUCUUGUUUUUAGCAGCUACAAAGAUUUUAGCAAAGUCUUUUAAGAGAUCUAUCGAAUUUAUAUUCUUGUUUGAAUUCCA